UUAGGUUAUAGGUUCAAGUCAGCUCAUUUUGUUUGACACAAACUUUGGGAAGUUAAAUGUGUAUAUGUUACAACAGCAUAAAAAAUACAUAAUACAUUGGCAUAAACAUUGCACUGUUAAUUACUCAACUAGUUGUUCAGUUUUAGAGUUAGACAAACUACGUAAACUAACGGUUUGGAAAUUAAGGUGAAAGAUUCAAACCAAAGGAUGGCAUAUUCAACAGAGCAAACAUCCAAAGUGGAGUUACUACCAUGUAGUUUCAAAUUUCACAAUUUUGUCGCUAAGGUCAGCGAUAUUAAUAUUAAUUGCCACAUAAUAAAGAUGGAAGAUUGCCUGUAUCUCUGGAUUGGAGAUUCCGCUAAUUGCAGUAUGGAAGAUCUGUCUUUUGCUCUUACAUCAAACUUUGAGAGACAGCCUAUUGCGACCAAGAUUAUGGGUUCUGUAGCAGAUGCCACAUCCACAAACAUGGCUAAGAGAUUAAGCAUGAAAUUUGGCAAACCAAUAUAUGUUAGUUUUAACAUAACUCCAGACAAUAUAAUAUUGCCAGGAAUCGAAAGAAGAAUACAAGAGGAGUUCAAGACGCAUGCAGAUCUAUUAAGUUUUUGAUUAUUAAAGAAUUCUCGAAAUAUUUAUUUAAAGAUAUUUUUGUAUAUAUAUUCUUCACAUGUAUAACUUUUUGUGUUAAUAAACUUUUAAUAUCUUAAAUUA